AUGAUGGAGGAAAAAAAUACCUCUGGUGGUAGAGAUUCACCAGAUCCUGUUCAAUUGGCAUCUGAAAUCAAUGAAGAUGGUAUGCAUACUUUGUGUGUUGGUGUAACUGAUCGACCGGCAAUCUCACCUAAUCAUUCUCCAAAAAUGGAAUUAAAAGAAACUUUAAGUAAUGCAUCAAGUACCUUUCCAUUACCACCAUCUCAUAUUAGUGUUACAGCAAAAAAUGCAGCAAAUAAAUUAUCAUCAGCUGCUAGUCAAGAUCCUAGGAGAAGAGUUACUGGAAGAGCAUUUCCAGAAAGAAGGAGAGGUUCACUUUUAGUUGGCCAGAGAUCUCUUGAUUUGAUGGCUGAAAAAGGGAAUUUAGAGGGUAAUCAACGUUUUGUUAAAUUUAUCAUAAAACAAUAUAAAUCAUGGGGGUAUUAUGUUGCUGAGUAUGAUUGGCAGAUGGUUGUUAUAUGUAUAAUAAUUUCACUUCUAGGAAUGUUAAAAAUAUUUUUAACACCACAAUUAAAUGAUAUUACUGGUUAUAGUCCUUAUGGUGCUAGGGGUCGCCUUGAAUAUUCUACAUAUCAAGAAUUUUUUUCACAUGAUGGUUUAUCUGUAGCAGUAUAUUUAUAUAUUGAAGCUAAAGAUAAAGGUACAAUGUUACGUCAAAAUCUUUUAAAAGAAACUGUUGAUAUUUUGGACAUAACAUCAGGAAAUAUAACAAUGUACAAUUCAGUGUCUAAUAAGACAUAUUCCUUUAACGAGUUUUGUGAUUCUUUUUGUAAUAUCAAUGAACCUGUUAGACAUUUUUACAAUGGUUUCAUGAUCCAAAGUGAAGCUGCCACUAAUGGGGAACCUUUAAAUGAUCGUAUAAAAUUAUCCUAUCCAAUUUCUAUGCUUUUUGGAAGAAAAGUUUCUUUACAACCAUACUUUUUUGGACUUGAUUUUGUUAAUGAAACUGUUAGUAAUCAAUCAACUAAUGAAAAUCUUGAAGAAACUACUAUUGCUCCUAUUGAUGAUAAUAAUGAUGAUAGUAAUAAUAAUAAAACUUUAAAAGAUAAUAAAAAUAAAGAUUUAAUUAAAAAUAAUAUUACAACAACAACAAUUCAAUCAACAACUUCUUUAAAAGUUACAACUAAAAAAGAAUCAUUAUCAAAUAAAAAUGAAAAAAGAGAAAAAAGACUUACAGAGGAUGAAUUAAGAAAAGUAACAAAUAUUAAAAGUUUAAAACUUAUUUCAUUUCAAUUUAGAGCAGCUCAUCAAAAAGAUUGGAUUGAUAGUGAUGUUAAAGCAUAUGAAAUGGCUAUAGUUAAAUAUUUUAAAGAAACUUAUAAAUCAGAUAAUUUAAUUGUUCAUGUAUAUUCACAAUCAUAUGUUGAAGAAGAAAUGGUUCGUGGUGGUACAUCACUUUUACCAUAUUUAACUAUUGGUUUUGUUAUUAUGUGUGCAUGUUCAAUUAUUUCUGUUAUGAUAAGAGCAUAUUAUAUGCAUCAAUGUAGUCCAGUAAAAGUUAUGUUAGCAAUAUGUGCUUGUAUAAUACCAUUUAUGGCUUGUGCUACAGCAUUAGCAAUUUUAUUUCUUUGUCAAAUGAGAUUUGCUUCAAUAUUAUGUGUUAUACCAUUUUUGGCAUUAUCUAUUGGUGUUGAUUCAAGUUAUUUAAUGAUUCAUGAAUGGCAACGUGUUACAAAACAUUGUCGUGAGGCUCCAAGUAGAAGAAAUAGUACAGUAUCUUAUAGAAUGGCAGAAGUUUUAUCAGAAGUUGGUCCAGCUAUUAUGAUAUCAGCUUUAACAAAUAUUUUUGCUGAUUUAGUUGGUUGUUUUACAGGAUCACCAGAAAUUACUUUACUUUGUCUUGGUAAUUUAACAACAAUGUUUGUUAUGUUUAUUUAUCAGAUGACAUUUUAUACUGGUUUAAUGUGCCUUGUUGGAAGGUAUGAAAUUAAACAAGAACGUGUUGAAAGAGCACAAAUAGCUAAAGAAAAUAGAAGUCAUGGUGUUGUUGGUGGAAGGCAUAAUACAUUAAAUCGACAAAAUAGUAAAUUUUAUGAAACAACAAAACAUGCUGUUAGUGAAUCAAUGCAAGCAUAUGUUAAUUUUGUAACUCAUAAAGUUGUUGCUGGUCUAACAAUAUUAAUAUAUUUUAUAUUUAUUGCUCUUGCUAUAUGGGGAAUAACAAAAAUACGAAUAAAUUUAUCAACACAAAAAUUAUUUGCCCUAGAUUCACCUUUAAUUGUUUUAGAUGAUUUAAGAGUUAAACAUGUUAUACCAUAUUAUAUGCAGGCAACAAUUUUUGUUAAUAAACCUGGAAAUUUAUCACAUGUAAAUGAAAUGAAAAAAGUUAAUCAGUUAGUUAGAGAUAUGGAAGGAUUAAAUGGAAGUUGGGGUGCUAUUGGUACACAAUAUUUUAUGAGAGAUUUUAUAACAUUUGAAAAAAGUUUUGAAGAGGAUGGUGAAGAUGAAUCUGAGUCAUCUAAUUUUGCUAUUGAUGGAAUAUCACAACCAUCAACAUCAAUGAAUGAUCAAGAUUAUGCAAAAGUUUAUAAAUCAGAAGAUUUACCAACAUUUGUUAGAUGGCCAGAAUAUGAUUUUUGGAGUGGUUUUAUAAAAAUAAGUAAUAAUUCAUUAACAAAUAAAACAAAUUUGGAUAAAUUUUUCUUCACAGCAUCAUUUCAUGGUGAGGAAAAUUCAAUAUGGGUUGUAAGAGGUGAAACAUUAAGAUCAUGGAGAAAUAUUGUUGAUAAAUAUAAAGAUAUUGAUGCUCAUGUUUUUCAUGAAGAUGGAGUAUUUUUAGAUUUAAUAAAUAAUAUGCCAACAGAUACUUGGCAAUCUGUUGUUGGUACAAUGGUUUGUAUGAGUUUUGUUUGUUUUGUUUUCUUAAAUUCUUUCUUUACUGUUUUCAUGUCAUCAUCAUGUGUCUUAUCAAUUUCUGUUGGUAUUCUUGGAAUUUUAUCAUGGUGGGAUAUUGAUCUUGAUCCAAUUACUAUGGCAGCAAUGAUUAUAUCUAUUGGUUUUAGUGUUGAUAUACCAGCACAUGUUUCAUAUCAUUAUUAUCAAGCCUGCCUACAGGAAGGUGAAGAUUCUACACCUGAAGUUAGAUUAGCUAACUGUCUUGGUAGUGUUGCUUUUCCAGCAAUUCAAGCUGGUGUCUCAACAUCACUUUGUGUUAUGAGUUUAAUAUUUCCAAAACUUUAUAUGGCUGAGGUAUUUGUAAAAACAAUGAUAAUAACAGUAAUAUUAUGUAAUUUACAUGGUCUUGUAUUUUUACCAGCAUUCCUUACAGUUUUUGAUAGAUUAAUAAGUUCAUUAAAAAAUCGUAAAAAGAAACAUCAAAUAGGAAAUGGUGAUAAAGAAACUUCUGAAAUGAAAUGGCAUCCAAAGACAGUGGAGAGUGGUAAUAAAGGAAAAAUACCAAAUAAAUAA